CAAAAGUGUCAAACUAAUGCCAUUUCGGGCGUUUCCGUCAAAACAUUUCAGAAAAAUUUUAUCCAACAAGAAGAUAAAACUAGUGUUAAGUUUCAUCAGUUAUUUUUGCCCCCCGAAAUCGUAGAAAAUUGUGAAAUUUUCGGCACGCGAUGCAUUUUCCCAAGUACGACGUAAUAGAACGUUAAAAAUCCCAUUGAAGGGAGAAAAGGCCGUAAAGGUUUGUACCUGAUUUUUUGACGUUUUGCCUCUGUACCACCAGAGUGAAUCAUUUUGCCUGGGGGCGACUGGAAAUUUUUGGUAUUUUUGUGGCUGAAAAGGGACUGGAUAAUUGAAUAAUGGAAGCCACGGCGAAACACGAAUUCAAUGCCACAGCCGAGGACGAGCUCAGUUUCAGGAAAGGACAAAUUCUCAAGGUUUUAAACAUGGAAGAUGACAUGAAUUGGUAUAGAGCAGAACUGGACGGACAAGAAGGUCUGAUUCCUAGCAACUAUAUUGAAAUGAAACCACACGAUUGGUAUUAUGGAAGAAUCACGCGAAGCGACUCUGAAAAAUUACUGCUCAACAAACACGAAGGGGCCUUUUUAAUUAGGAUCAGCGAAACUAGCCCUGGAGAUUUUUCCUUAUCUGUAAAGUGUAAUGAUGGUGUCCAACACUUCAAAGUCUUACGCGACGCCCAAGGCAAAUUCUUCCUUUGGGUGGUCAAAUUUAACUCCUUAAAUGAGUUAGUGGAGUACCACAGAACUUCUUCAGUGUCAAGAUCGCAAGAUGUAAAGCUGCGAGACAUGGUAGCAGAUGAAUAUUUAGUACAGGCCCUGUAUGAUUUUACACCUCAAGAAGUAGGAGAACUUGAAUUUAGAAGAGGUGAUGUUAUUACUGUGACGGAUCGUUCAGAUCAGCACUGGUGGCAUGGAGAAAUAGGGCAUCGUAGAGGAUUAUUUCCUGCCACUUAUGUCACUCCAUAUCAUACGUAAAUAUUAUAAGUGCCCUCUAUUACAUUUUAUUGCAUUUGAAAAUGGUAGUUAUUUGAUCAUUUUCUGUUUUAUUCAGAUGUGGCAUUAUUUAUCCUGACCUGUUUUUAAAUUUUAAUUGAUACAGCCAAAAAGAGAUUCAAUAUCAUGCAAAUUAUUGCUGUAUCCUGAGAAAUUGUGUGAUGUUUUAUGUAAUUAAUCUGGUGCAUAUUUUAAUUUUAUAUUAGUUACUAUUGUAGGUUUUAUUUUACGAAAAAAUUUUAAUCCAUUAUUAUAUCUUUAUUCUUAUUAUUUUAAAUUUUGUUGUUAUUGUGUUGUAAGUUUUGCUCAUAUGGGUCAGUGUUUUUGCUUAGGAUUUUUUUUUUGAUGCUCAAUAUGGUGGAAAGUUUGCAAAAUUCACAAGUGAUUAUGAUGAAGACAAAGCGAUUAAUAAUCACUAUGCAAUUUUUCCAUUGGAUUUCGAUCAUACCCAUAUGAUUGCAAGAAACUGUUUAAUCAGAAAGAAACUUUUAUAAAAAAGCUCAAUUCUUCCACUUUUGUAUACGUACAUGUUUUUGGAUUGUCCCUAUUUUUUAACUGACCCCAAAUUAUUUUUUAAAUUGAUUUCCAAAAAAAAAAAAAAAACAGUGAAAAUUCCUUUUAAAAUGUGAACUCUGUGUGUAUUUUCCAAGAUGUCUUUUACAUUUAUUUAUUUUAUUAGUUCCUACUUGAUUUUCCAGACAAAUUCACCUCAUUUUUGGCCCUAUUUAGACCAUUGCAUGCAUUAGUAAUAAUAAUUUUCCUCAUACUUAUUUUUAUUGGAUGCCAUAGUUUCAAUAAUUUGCAAUUAAUUACCAUGAUUAAAACUACCCGAAUAAAUCAUCUCAACAGGGUGUUUUUCAGAACUUUAUUUAGAAAAUUUUUGAUGAUAAACCCAUGCUUCAACAUUAUUUUUCUACUAAUCAAAUAUUGAAAAAUUUGGAAAAUAUUUGCCAAAAGUUAGUAGUUGAUCGCCAUGCUUGAAUUUAUAUUUUUCCUGUAAAUAGUCGCAAAUUAAAAUGAAUAAUUAUUAAAUUAGUACUGCCCCCCACUGUAACACCAAUUUAUUGUAUUGCGCAAGCAAACAAAUAAGCAAUAGUUCUUUGAAGAGCUAUUGCAGAUUGCAGGCAUUAUUAAUAAUUUUAGAUGAUUUAUCUCUGAGUCAAAAUCUGUUUUGACUCAGAGAUGCUAUAAAAUAAGUUGAAAUAGCUUCGUAUUUUUUAGUUGAAAAAGUUGUAUAUACUAACGUAGAUUAUGGAAAUUUAAGCGAAUGAUUGAUAAGUGCAACAUAUUUAGACAAAAUAUAUGUUAUACAAGCUA